AUGCAGCGUCGUGAUCGCGGCAUCGCACAGUCGCUCGGCAUUCCUCUUACUAAGCGUAUCAAGGAGAGCCGUGUGCUAUUGGUCGGCGCCGGCGGUAUUGGCUGCGAACUGCUCAAGAACCUCGUGUGCUGCGGCUUCGGUAGUGGAUGGCGUGCGCCACCGACACAGGAACAGCAGCAGCAGCAGCAGGCAGGUGCGACGGAGCCCCAAACUGCGCCUGUAGCCCCCACCCGCAAAGCAGAGAUUGUGGUGGUGGAUCUGGACACCAUCGACCUCAGCAAUCUCAACCGCCAAUUCCUGUUCCGCAAGCAGCAUAUCAAAAAGCCAAAGGCCACUGUCGCCAAAGAGACCGUCAGCCAAUUCAACCCGUCAGUGAACAUCGAUGCUCACUUUGCCUCAAUCUACGACAGCCAAUACAACGUCGAGUUCUUCGAGGGCUUCGACCUCGUCUUCAAUGCGCUAGACAACUUGGCUGCACGUCGCCAUGUGAACCGUAUGUGUCUGGCCGCAGAUGUGCCACUCAUCGAGAGCGGAACUACUGGUUUCAAUGGUCAGGUCCAGGCCAUCCGCAAGGGAGUCACCGAGUGCUACGACUGCAACGAGAAGCCGGUGCAAAAAUCCUACCCGAUCUGCACCAUCCGAUCAACACCAUCACAACCCAUUCACUGCAUAGUCUGGGCAAAGUCAUACCUCCUGCCAGAGCUUUUUGGGGCGAGUGAGGACGACGAGUCGACAGAUGUGGCAGUCACCGAGCAUGACAACGUGGAGGAGGUGGCCAAGCUAAAGGAAGAGGCCGAAGCGCUGAAGAACAUAAGAAGUCUUAUGGGCAAGUCUGAUUUCGCGGAGAAGGUGUUUAACUUGGUCUUCCACGACGACAUCGAGCGGCUGCGGUCGAUGACGGAGAUGUGGACAAGUCGGCCACCACCAACCACACUCAGUUGGUCAAAGACCAAUAUCGACAAGAGUCCGGCGAAGCAUGGUCUUGAGCUGUCCAAGCAGGAUCAAGCUGUGUGGACCUUGCAGGACAACAUGAAGGUGUUCUGUUAUAGCAUCGGUGUGCUGUGCGAGCGUGUCAAAGCCGGAGAGACCUCGAUCGAAUUUGACAAGGACGACAAGGACACGCUGGACUUUGUGACGGCCGCCGCCAACCUUCGCUCCCAAGCCUUUGGAAUCCCACUACAGAGCGAGUGGGACAUUAAGCAAAUGGCGGGUAACAUCAUUCCAGCGAUUGCCACAUCAAAUGCGCUUACCGCCAGCUUGUGUGUGAUGCAAGCGUUCAAGAUCAUCCGAAGUCAGGUUCCCAAAGAAAACAGGAAGCCAUCUGCAAACGCGCAGGCAGUUGACGGCAGCGAUCUCAAGCUGGGCGGGUCAAAAAUGGUGUUCCUCACAUCGAAACACACAGAUCGCAUCAUCAGCAGUGAAGGUCUUUCAUCGCCUCGUCCGGACUGCCCGGUCUGCUCGCCCUGUUACGCCAAGCUCGUUAUUGCAGAAGACGGUACCACGACACUGCAAGAGCUUGUGGAGCUACUCAAGCUACGGCUAAACUACGAGGACUUCUCGAUCACUGCGGAUAUUGGCAUGAUCUACGACCCAGAUCUCGACGAUAAUCUCGAGAAGCCGCUGAAGGAGUUGGGCAUAGAUGGCAAGGGUACUGGUUUCAUCACAGUCACUGACGACAGCGAUGAACCAAAGGUGGACCUCAUGCUGAGUGUCAGUAGCAAGGCAUUGGAGGGUACUGACAAGGUUGCGCUCGUGCCUGACACGAUCAUCUUGCCACCUAAACCAAUCAAGAAGGAUGACAAUAGCGAUCUCUCGGCUGCUGGGCUGGCCAUCGCGCCUCCCACUGCUGCUGCUACGAGCGUUCCUGCAGGCUCCAAGCGGAAACGCGGAGCGGAGGAUGACAUCGAGGCUGAUGGCGGCACGAAAAAGGCCAAGGCUACCAAUGAUGAGGUGCUGGUGAUUGAUGACGACGGCACCAUUCUUCUGGAUUGA